UAUAAGAAAGCCUCCUCGAUCUGUUCCGGAUGGUGCUAUAAAGCUUCGCUGGCUCUCUAUUCUUCAUCUUCUCAUCUUCUGAUCUUCUCAUCUUCUCAUUUUCUCAUCUUCUCAUCUUCUCAUCUUCUCAUCUUCUCAUCUUCUCAUCUUCUCGCCUCCUUCUUUCAUCCACCAAUCCUCGCAUCCAACACCACCAACAAAAGCCCACGAUGCCUACCUCAAACCGGUCUCCAACCACGCCACCAUUCAACAUCCUCCUCGUCACCAACAGUGAACCAGACCCAGCGAACCAGACCCUCGCGAUCGCGCACGAGUUCCUCGCCCACAGCCACAACCUCCGCGUGCACCUCGCCUCCUUCGCCGAGCUGGCCCCGUCCAUCAAGCAACUGAACCACGACCGCACGACCCACCACGAGGCAACCUUCCACAGCCUCCCGGGGCCGUCCAAGCGCGAGGCCUCCGACAAGAACGGGUUCGUCCAGCAGAACGCAUUCCACGGCCACAGCAGCUGUGCGGAUACCCUCCGAACAUACACGCAGCUGCUGCCGCAGUCGCGCAUCCCCUGGACGGGGCCCGAGUACGUCACGCUCUACAACCACAUCGGGAUCAUCGUGGCGGAUAUCUUCCCGCUGGUGAUCGUGGUCGACGCGACCCUAGCCCCCGGGGUGGAUGUCUGCCGCACUCUGAAGUGGCGGCAUGUGCUGGUGGGGUCCGGGUUGGCGCACGAGUCUCUGCCGCCGUCGCCGGGCAGGAUGUCAGUGUACGUUCCCUUUCGUUGCGUCUACUCCACCAAGGCCACUGAUCAAACUAUAGCCUCGGACCCAGAUUCCUCUCCCUGAAAAACCUCACCCUAGGCCUCCUCCUCCGCCUGGGAACCAGCCACUCCCCGCACCUCCAGCAGAUCCAAACCGCGCGGCGCGCCAGAGGUCUCACCGGCCCCAUCCCCAUCCCUGACCCCCGGGCCUCCCACCCCCAACCCGGCGACGCGCGUCCGCUCCUCCUCCUCCCGACCCACCGCACCUACGACCCCAUCCCAGGUUCGUCUGG